AUGAAACGCGUACGCACAGAGCAGAUUCAGAUGGCAGUGUCCUGCUACCUCAAGCGCCGUCAGUACGUGGACUCAGAAGGUCCCCUAAAACAAGGGCUGAGGCUGUGUCAGACUGCUGAAGAGAUGGCAGCUAAUCUCACAGUCCAGUCUGAAUCUGGUUGUGCCAGCGUUGUGUCUGCAGCUCCCUGCCUGGCGGAGCCACAGCAAUAUGAAGUACAGUUUGGACGAUUACGCAAUUUUCUCACAGAUUCAGAUUCUCAGCACAGCCAUGAAGUGAUGCCUCUUCUGUAUCCCCUCUUCGUCUACCUCCAUCUGAACAUGGUCCAGAAUGGCCUAAAAAGCACAGUGGACAGUUUUUACAGCCGCUUCCAUGGCAUGUUCUUGCAGAAUGCCAGCCAGAAGGAUAUCAUUGAGCAGUUGCAAACUACCAUGACUAUUCAAGAUAUCCUGUCCAACUUGAAGCUCCGGGCUUUUCUGGACAACAAAUACGUCGUCCGCCUUCAAGAGGACAGCUACAACUACCUUCUUCGCUACCUCCAAAGUGACAACAACAACGCCCUGUGCAAAGUCCUGACCUUGCACAUUCACCUGGAUGUGCAGCCUGCCAAGAGGACUGACUACCAGCUCUACGCCGGUGGGAGCUCCUCACGCAAUGAGAGCAACGGGCUGGAACCCAGCGAGGUGCCAGCUUCCAUCCUGCAGAACGAGGCGGCGCUGGAUUUACUGCAGGACAGCAUCAAACGUGUCAAGGAUGGGCCCCCCUCCUUAACGACCAUCUGUUUCUAUGCCUUCUACAACACGGAGCAGUUGCUGAACACUGCAGAGAUUUCACCAAAUAGCAAGCUGCUCGCUGCUGGGUUCGAUAAUUCCUGUGUGAAGCUGUGGAGCCUGCGUUCCAAGAAGUUAAAAUCUGAGCCCCACCUCGUUGACGUGUCCCGCAUCCGUCUGGCUUGUGACAUCCUGGAUGAGGAGGAAGAAGAGGACGACAGCGCAGGCACAGAAAUGAAGAUCCUGAGAGGACACUGCGGACCUGUGUAUAGCACAAGGUUCCUCUCGGACAGCUCGGGACUCUUGUCUUGCUCUGAAGACAUGUCCAUCAGGUACUGGGACCUUGGAAGCUUUACAAACACUGUGCUGUACCAAGGGCACGCCUAUCCCGUCUGGGAUCUGGACAUCAGCCCCUGCAGCCUGUACUUCGCCAGCGGCUCCCACGAUCGCACCGCGAGGCUCUGGUCGUUCGACCGGACGUACCCGCUGCGAAUAUACGCGGGCCACUUGGCGGACGUCGACUGCGUCAAGUUCCACCCCAAUUCCAACUACGUGGCCACGGGCUCCACAGACAAGACCGUGCGCUUGUGGAGCACUCAGCAAGGCAACUCGGUGCGUCUCUUCACCGGGCACCGCGGCCCCGUGCUAGCGCUGGCCUUUUCUCCCAACGGUAAGUACCUGGCGUCGGCCGGCGAGGACCAGCGGCUGAAGCUGUGGGACUUGGCGUCAGGAACUCUUUACAAAGAGCUGAGGGGGCACACGGACAACAUAACCAGCCUUACUUUCAGCCCCGACAGUAGUUUAAUUGCUUCUGCGUCGAUGGACAACUCGGUCCGGGUCUGGGACAUUCGGAACACUUACUGCAACGCCCCCGCAGACGGGUCUUCCAGUGAACUGGUCGGUGUCUAUACCGGGCAGAUGAAUAACGUACUGAGCGUACAGUUCAUGGCCUGUAAUCUUCUUCUAGUGACUGGAAUUGCACAAGAGAAUCAGGAACAUUAACUGUUGUUUUGUUUUUUUUUUUCUGAGGGAAGUGGGUGGGUGUCUUGAAUGCCAGAGUCCAUUACAAGCUGAGAUUACUGACUGUGAAACGCUUCUCUGCCUCUGCCCCCUUGAAAGGCAUGUUCAGUGUGAUGCAAAUGCUUUUAAAACGUCUUGCCGCAGAAAGGCCUGUGCUGUUGAAUAAGGAGAAAAGGAGGAGUGAUGAAAAUUCGUGUACAUCUUGUACUUGUGAGGAUGAGGAAA